UGCUGUUUAAUCCUUUUCCUUGAAUAACUUUCUCUUCUCAUUUGUCAUAUACAGAAGACUUGAUUUUGUCAUUGUGGAUUUCGGAAACCUCAAGCAAACACACAAAAGGGAUAUUUAAAUGCAAUUCUUCUUUAUUUUUGGCCAUUGUAUGAGUUCAUUACGUAUUGUUUUGAUUAUUAAUGGGCUUUCAACUUAAUGCAGCCAAAUACGUUUUGAAGAAAGUGCUUCUCUCACACACCAAUUCAGCUUCACUGUUCGUUAAUGAUUGAAUGAAGAGCCCAAACACAAGCAAUAUAUCCUCUGUCAUUACUAGUCAUUGUCAAAACAGGUGUACCUCACAAUGGCAUUUGGGAAGUCACAGUGAUGUCAUCAUAUCGAUCUGUGUAAAUCGUCAUCUGUAGUGAGCGUUUAUUUGCUCUGAAAGUCACCAGGAAUGUUAUUUCUAGCAUAUGUCAUAGUAAAACUCCCGUCAUCUCCUAUGCAAACCCUCUGAGUGAAAUGUGGUCACACACUGGCUAAAAUGUUGUGUAAUUUGUUGUGUGUGAUCGGUGUUUUGUUUGUGUUUCUGGCUGCAGCUCUGGCCUUAUGCAAAUACUGCCUGGCAGAGGGUAAUGCCACCGACGAGACUGCCAAUCGAACUGUGCCCCACUGUCAUCGCCAUGGCGACAGAGACAAUUGCACAGAUACAGGGCAGUGGAGUGGCCACUUCUCAAAGUGUCCUGAGCACUUGCAGCACUACUGCAUCCACGGGGACUGUCGUUACGUGAAGGAGCAGAAGACCCCGUCCUGCAGAUGUUGGUCUGGUUACCACGGCUCCAGGUGUGAAUAUGCAAACCUCGACCCGCUGAUAGGCAAUCGACAAAUCAUAAUUUACUGCACCAUUGCAGUGCUUGUGCUCAUCAUUCUUCUCAUUGUUUUCAUCUGCAUCUGUUCACAUCGUAGGUGCAGAUUGUGUCGGCGGAGAAGAAGACGGAGGGAAGAACCGAGGAAUGGCACAGAGAAGCUCAAUAUGAUGGACACCAGUGCGACAAACACAACCUCAACUCCAGACUCAACAGAACCACUGCACACCAACUGUGUGUGACAAGUCUGGGCCAACACAUCCACAAGUUUGGGAAGCUUUUAUGAGAAGCUGCUGCCUUUUGUCUCAAAGCGAUGGCAGUGAACUAUCAGAUGUCCCUGAGCAGCACUGGGGCCUCAGAAGAAGGACAUUUCUGGAUAGAGGGUCAGGAGUUUGUACGUCUCCUUUUCACAAACAGCCUUGCCUGAAACGACAAAGAAGAUGACUUCCUGAAGUCAUGAUGAGCACGAAGUUGGAGUUUUUAGCUGCUUGUUUGGUGGCAAGGAUGUUUUUUUCUGACACUGAAGGGCAGCAGGCACUUAUAGCCUUUCUCUAAGUGCUGCUGACUGCAUGGCGCUAAAUAAAUUGUUGCUAUGUUGGAAAAAGCUGUGACACCAGCUGGCAGCUGGUGAUAACAGUUGAUCAGGCUGACCGGUUACUGGUCUGCGUGGGAGACACUUGGAAACCAAAAAACAAGGAAAAAGACUGUAGGAGGAAAAGACACUCCAGAGAAUUCUAGUCACUUAAAUAAAUGUAUAGAAAUAUGAAAUCUUACAAGUAACAGCAGCUUGCUGUUUAGUAUCUUUGUGUCAUUCUGUGCUAUUUCUAAUUUGUUUACUGCUAGUUUUGUUUUAGCGUCACUUCAGAAAAGCAGUGUUUCGAUAUCCGCACCACAAACUCUACAGCCAACAUCACUUCCUCCUCAAUCCACUAAACUGACUCCAUUAACCCUCUGAACCCCAAGUACGUCCUGGGUGUUUUUUGCUCUUGUCUCCUUUUAAUCACUGUGGGCUCAUUAUUUCCUGCAGUAUAAAGUCCUGUACCUCAGUGGAAACAGCACAAACAUGGCUAAAAGUAGACAGAACUCAAAAAACGUCUUCUGUGCAGUAUGAUACAGUUGGCACAAAUCUCGACAAAAAAGCUUUUUCUUUUCCUUUUAUUAUUUAUUUUAAAAAACAACAAUAACAAUAAUCCAGAACAAACAUGCAGCAUUUUUCCAAGAGCAUACAAGCAUUACCAAAACUGGAAAAAAAAAAAAAAAACGAGAAAAAAGGAAAAUAACUUUGGCUUUGCAUUCUACAGAUAUUUUAACACUUUCAUUUCUGAUUUGUUUUCAUACCUGUCAUCUAUCUGUUCUAUGUGGAAACACAGCCUGCAGUUCAACCCUGCUUUGAUAAAAAUGCUUCGAAUUUUUAUCCUUAGACUAUUUUUAGAAACCAACUUAGUUAUUGCUUUUCUGUUGUGCCAAGAACAAGUAAUUAGUUGGGAGAAAAAGGUUCAUUUUUGGCCAUUUUAUCAACUAAGUAAAUUUGAUGAAAUAUCCCAAUUUUAGGCUCAGAUUUGGUUACGUUACCUGACGAAAUGACAUGUUAAACAUAAUUAGUUCAAGGACUGUCAGAACGUUAAAAGUCCACAGAUUUUUUUUUAUUUCUUUUUGUACAGUAUCUGGCUCUGAUAAUUUAAAAAAAAAAAGCUAAUAUGCAUUUCAAACCUGCCGACAGGUUUUGGGGUUUUGAGGGUUAAACUCACUCAGAAUAUUGUUACUUGCCAACAUUAGCAAUGCAAAACAGCGUUAGAUAUAUAUAUUAAAGGGCAGUUCUGGACUCCUGGGUUGGAGGAGGACAAGGAGAACUUGUGCUGAAGGCUUUUUUGAUCUGUAUAUUUGGAGCCGGGAAGCUUCCAGGCUACAGAGGCAGCCUGUGUGCAGAGACUGAAGUGAAAGUGCUCCACUGUGAGACAGUUUCCAAACUGAGAGCCUUCCACUGGGCUUUUAACGUGUAUCUGUGCAAGUAUGAACUCUCAAUGUAGUCUGAGGAGAAUUAGGACAAAGCCAGUGAAGCCUGCUCCUCCUGUUUGUAUGUCACAUAUCAAUAAAUGUCUAAUGGUCUGUGUAUGUACUGUGCACUGACAUUAUUUCAAAUAUUUAAUAAAAAUGUUGCUGCUGGAAUCUGUUCCAGUCAAA